AUGGACUUGCUGUCUGGAACCUACCUCUUGGCAGUCUUAUUAGCCUGUAUUGUAUUUCAAUCUGGCGCACAGGAGAAGAAUUACACCGUGCGGGAAGAACUGCCUGAAAAUGUCCUCAUUGGCAAUUUGCUCAAGGAUCUUAACCUAACGCUCGACCCAGAUGUGCCCCUUUCCUCACCGCUACAGUUCAAGCUUGUGUAUAAGACUGGGGAUAUACCAUUAGUACGCGUGGAGGAGAACACUGGUGAGAUAUUCACAACUGCAAACCGCAUAGACCGAGAGAAGCUGUGCGCUGGCAUCUUUAGUGAGAAUCGCUGCUUUUAUGAGGUGGAGGUUGCUGUUUUGCCUGAUGAAGUUUUCAGACUGGUCAAGAUCAGAUUUCUGAUACAGGAUAUAAAUGACAACGCCCCCCUGUUCCCCUCAACAGUUAUUAACAUCUCUAUCCCUGAAAACACAGCAAUUAAUUCUCGCUAUUCUGUCCCAUCUGCCAUCGAUCCGGACAUUGGUGUGAAUGGUAUUCAACAUUAUGAACUCCUUAAGGAAAAGGGUGGGGGGGAAAAAGCAAAAUCAGGAGUCCAUGGGAUUGAGUGCGCAACAGUUCAGAUUGCCACGAUACCGAUCUUUUGGGAGUUUAUUUUUGGACUGUGUGUUCAGAAACAGAAUGUAACAGAUCAGCAGAAUGAUAGCAUAUUUGUAUCACACAACAUACAGAGAAGUGGGGAAACAGCAGCACAUGAAGCUGUCUUGUCUUCUGAACAGGAUGGAUCUAGCAGGGCUGAUAUGACGGUGUUGUGGGGAAUUUUGGGAAGCACCAGAUACGACGAUGAUGAUGGGCAGGACAGCAUACUUGGAGGAUG